AUGGCAGCCCCCGCAGCAUUGCGCAUGCGCACAAAAUCCCGGUCCCAUGUGUUGUCUUUGCUACCGUCACUUCCGGCUCUCUGGAUCUGUAUCCGGUCCGGGGUCACAGCCUCAGCUGUGCGGCUGCCGGAGGGACGCGUAAUAAAAAUGUCAGCGCCAUCAAUGGAGGAAAGGAAGGCUUGCUGGGGAGCCAGGGAUGAAUACUGGAAAUGCUUAGAUGAAAAUAUGGAAGAUGCAUCUAGGUGUCAGAAGCUUAGAUGUUCUUUUGAAUCUAGGUGUCCACAGCAAUGGGUAAAAUACUUUGACAAAAGAAGAGACUUUUUAAAAUACAAAGAACAGCUUGAAGCAGGAGAAUAUCAGCCUCCUGGGACUACUGAAAAGUCAUAGCUACGCAUCAACUUAUUGAAACACAAUCAAUUAAAGAAUAAUCUUAUGGAAGAGAAGUACUGAAAUAUGACAAGAACUCUGAGUUAAAACUAACUGUACUGUAGCUCUAGAAAUUCAUGCUGCUUUCCUUGUUGCAAUGUCUCGCUUUUAUGCGAGAACAGUAAUUAAACGAAAAAGACAGUGACUAAGUGUGUGUAUCAAAGAAAUAUGGUAUAUAAUUUUUCCUAUACCUGAAUUUUUUUUAUCAUGUAACUAGGAUGAAAAGCAGUGUUUCCCAGAAAUUAAUGCACUGAAUUAUAAAUUUAUAUUUUAGGGAGAAUAUUAAACUGUUUUCAAACUUGACAAGUUUUUCUAUGCAUGUGAACUAACUUUUCUAAAAAGCUCCUGCAUCUUCCCUCCUUCUCUAUGAGGAUAAUGUGUCAGUGUAAGUGAGCAGGUAUACUCUAUGCUAAUUCUUUGAACAUUUUGUGAAUCAAAUUAAUUUCAGCUGUCUUACUGUAUGGCAAGAUUUUAGAUAAAGAUCAAGAGGUAUAAAUAA